AUGCCGUCUCCUUUCCUUACUCCUGGCUCCUCGACCAAGGCCAACGAGCUCGCUCUCCUCCACCUGCGCCGCGAUCAAACCAUCCCGACGAUCCUCCGCACCUACGACGAUGAAAACCUAGGCUACGACGAAGGCAAAGUCACCAACACGCGAUUUGGAUCUUUCCCUCACAGCACCAUUAUCGACCAUCCAUGGGGCUCCCAGAUCGCCGCCUCAAAAGUCGACACGGGCUCGCGCGGCCGCCGAGCCGCUCCGCCGAAGCGCAAAGCCGAGGAGCUCGACGCCUCGGGCACCACAACCGGCGGAGAUGAAGAGAUGCCGUCGCUGAAGACCCCAGUGGCCGCCGCAAGCGGGUUCCUGCACGUUCUCUACCCGACGCCCGAAUCAUGGACGAUGUCGCUUCCGCAUCGCACGCAGGUUGUCUACACCCCGGACUACAGCUACAUUCUCCACCGGCUGCGCGCACGGCCGGGCAACACAGUGAUCGAGGCGGGAGCCGGCAGUGGCUCAUUUACACAUGCGGCGGUGCGCGCCGUCUUCAACGGAUACCCCGAGGAAGGUCCAGCGACCAAGCGGCGGCGGCUCGGCAAGGUUUGCAGCUUCGAGUUCCACGAGCAGCGCGUGGGCAAGGUCCAAGAUGAAAUCAACCAGCAUGGCCUCGAUGGCCUGGUGGAGGUGACACAUCGCGAUGUCUACGAGCAUGGCUUCCUGUUGGGUGACCCCCAAACUGGGAAGUCGCCCAAGGCAAACGCCAUCUUCCUGGACUUGCCGGCACCGUGGCUCGCCCUGAAACACCUCGUGCGCAAGCCCCCGUCUGGUGCUGAAUCUCCUCUUGAUCCGUCCUCCCCCGUGUACCUGUGCUCCUUUUCUCCAUGCCUUGAACAGGCUGAGCGCACGAUCCGCAUCAUGCGCCAAUUGUCUUGGCUGUCGAUUUCCAUGGUGGAAGUCAGUCAUCGCCGACUUGAUGUGAAGCGGGAGCGCGUUGGCCUGGAUACCGAAGGUGUGCGCGGGGCAACCCUGCACCCCAAGUCUGUCGAGGAGGCAGUUGCAAAGCUACGCAGCGACGAGGAACGGGCUAAACUCGGCCGCAGUGGCCUUUUGCAGAGUGGCGACGCAAGCGCAUCCAAGAAAGACUCAUCAGCGCAGAUGUCGACGACUCCUUCAUAUGCCCUGGGUCGCUUGACUCACCGGUCAGAGCCUGAUCUCAAGACCCAUACAUCGUAUCUGGUGUUUGCUGUUUUGCCGCGGGAUUGGACCGAGGAAGAUGAACAGAGAUGCAGACAAAAAUGGCCGUCGAACAGGGUCAAUUCUGCUGCGGAGGAGACACCAGCCAAGAGCAGACGGCAGAUGAAGAAAGAGGCCAAGGCGCAAAAGGUGCAGGAGAAGGGAGAAGAGCAGCAGACAUCCGAAGCGAAGAGUGAAUCAUAG